AUGACUACCGACGGCCUCUCAGCCGCGAAACUCGCCAUCUACUUGAUCCUUCUCCAACCAGCGCUCUAUUGUCUAUGGAGACACGGUAAAACAGGAUUUCUUGGCUGGCUCUAUAUCCAGAUAUUUUGUGUCCUGCGCAUUGCCACAGGCGGAAUUGGCCUGCAUGGGAGUCAGACGGGAGAAGCAGCUGUGAUUCUCAAUAGCAUCGGCUUGUCUCCUCUGCUUCUUUCUAUUUCAGGAAUAUUGCACGAAGCGCGACGUGCUGUGAACCCGCGGCUCAACAGAAAGCUUGACAUUAUACUCGAAAUCCAGUAUCAUGGCAUUGUUGCUCUGGGAAUGAUCCUUACAAUUGUCGCUGUUGUUAAUAUUCUGCACGGUGGCGAGAUGUCAAAGAAUAGACCAUUGCUUGACGCUGGUUCGGCCAUAUCGUGCGUGGCUUGGGUGCUUGUCGUUCUCUGGGCAGUUUGGUCGCAUUUUAUGAAUCGCCGAUUCUCGUCGUACUCGGACAUGCAAACGUCGGAAAACGGUAAAAGGCUGCUUAAUGGAGUGUUUGUCGCGCUGCCAUUUGUUGGAAUCCGCCUUGUCUACGGCAUUGUGUUUCUACAAUUGACCAUCUCGCGCACGCAUUCAGCUUUUCUCACGUCCAAGGCCGUUCAAGUUUGCCUCAGUUUUCUUCCCGAGCUGGCAUGCAUCAUCAGUCUUCUUGUGGUUGGCGUCAUGACUCGCUCUUUGAGGCCGAACUUGAAGAAGAGGGAACAAGAGGCGGUUCGAUUGGUCUCCAGUCAAGGCAUGCAACUACAGCAAUCGACAGAGUACAAGUGAAUGUG